CAUCAAACCACCAAGAUCCCCAAAUGAGGUGGUUUUUUUUUUUUUAUUUCUUUCCAUUUCAAUACUUUUCUUGGAAGAGCGGACACUGUUUUGACUGGGACCGCUAGGCCUGACUUUCAGAAAACCUUCCCGGCACUGGAACUUGAUUCUCAUCUCCGGUUCACACAUCCACCCCGGGUGUCCAGCCACAAACAUUUCUGCCUCAGUUUUGCCAUGACUGCAAUAUUUAGCACAGUUACAUUUCAAGGCCACCCUCCCCCUCCCCUUCCUCUUUCCACAGCCGCCUGCCCCAUGGACUGUGCAAUCACAACUUGGCUCACCCACACUCAGUCACAAACUUGAAAUCUGUUCAGAGGUUAUGGAUGACAAGCCCAGUCCUGGAGCUGUAAGUGAGAGUUCAGAACAUCUCUUCUCCUUUGGAGUUAUAGCAGAUAUUCAAUAUGCUAACUUAGAAGAUGGCUAUAACUACCAAAGAACCAGAAGAAGAUACUACAGACACAGUCUUCUUCACUUGCAGGGUGCUAUUGAACACUGGAAUAGAGAAAGCAGUCCACCCUGUUGUGUCCUUCAGCUUGGAGAUAUCAUUGAUGGCUACAAUGCGCAGUAUAAAGCAUCAGAAAAGUCACUAGAACUUGUUAUGAACGUGUUCCAAAGGCUUAAAGUCCCAGUUCAUCACACGUGGGGAAAUCAUGAAUUCUAUAACUUCAGCAGAGACUAUUUAACAAACUCUAAACUGAACACAAAGUUUCUAGAAGACCAGAUUGAACACCAUCCUGAAACUGUGCCUACGGGGAGUUUUUAUGCUUACCAUUUUGUUCCAUUCCCUAAAUUCCGGUUCAUUUUACUCGAUUCUUAUGACUUGAGUGUCUUGGGCGUGGACCAGUCCUCUCCAAAAUACCAGCAGUGUCUGAAGAUGCUGAAGGAGCACAAUCCAAAUAUGGAAUUGAAUAGUCCUCAAGGACUUUCUGAGCCUCAGUUUGUCCAGUUUAAUGGAGGAUUCAGCCAAGAACAACUGAACUGGUUGAAUGAAGUCCUUACGUUCUCUGACACAAACCAAGAAAAGGUGGUGAUCGUGAGUCAUCUUCCCAUUUACCCAGAGGCCUCUGACUCUGUGUGCCUGGCCUGGAAUUACAGAGACGCCCUCGCAGUCAUUUGGUCUCAUGAGUGUGUGGUGUGUUUCUUCGCCGGUCACACCCACGAUGGUGGCUACUCUGAGGAUCCUUUUGGUGUGCACCACAUCAACGUGGAAGGAGUCAUUGAAACAGCUCCGGACAGCCAGGCUUUUGGCACGAUUUAUGUCUAUCCCGACAAAAUGAUGUUGAAAGGGAGUGGUCGAGUUACAGACAGAAUUAUGAAUUACAGGAAGGAAAAACCUUUUCCACUUUUAGUCUGAUUUAUUUUAUCCAUAUAGAAAGAGGAGACUUAGCUUCAUGUUUGUGCUCUGCU